AUGUCAAACUCUGCCUUUCAAGACUCGUUUGGACGAUCAAAUCCGCAUGUGCUCCGAAUACACGAAUUUACCAGACCAGACAUUGAGCUAUUUGCGUGGGAAAAUCUGCUAUCCGACAGUCGCUACAUUGACUUCGAACCGACACUGUUUAAUGAUCUGGUACGGGAUAUCGGCGAACGAGCACAAGGUGUUUUCCUUUGGGUACGUCUCGUGGUCAAAUCGCUUCGUAACGGCAUCAUCAACCAGGAUCCAGUGACCAUAUUACAAGAGCGCUUGCAAGCGACACCAUCGGACUUGGAAGAGUUCUUCGAGCAGAUUCUGGCGUCGGUGGAUGCGAUAUAUCGAAGCAGAAUGGCUUGGACGUUCCUCGUCGCUAUGCGGAGUCCGCGUCAACUGAAAUUGAUACACUACUACUUUCUGGAACAAGAAGACCCAACCUUCGGAUUCGAUAAGCCCGACGAGAUAUGGUCACACUCUGAGAUACAAAGAUGUGCAAUGAAGACCGAGAGACGGCUCAACGGUCGGUUCAAAGGUCUUUUAGAGGCCACCCCCUCGGUGGACAUCACCGCGCAGACAGAAGUCGACUUCUUGCACCGUACCUUGAGCGACUUCCUCGCGACAAAUCGCAUGAAGGACAAGCUCCAGUCUUGGGCGUCGGAGGAACUCAAUGUUUUCACUGCCAUAAGCAUGGCUUUGAUUGCAGAAUCAAAAUUCAUCGAGGAGAACCCCACUUUCCAAAAUUACAAGAUGGCCGUGGAACUGGCCAGCAAAGGCGCUAUCGAGACAGGCGACACAACGCAUUGCUUUCAGACUCAACUGUGA